AUGUCAUCAGAAGAUGAAGAACCAUGUUCAUCUACAACAGAAGGUUUUGAUUUUAUGAAAAAUGAAAACGACGAGACUCAAUUGUGUCUGGUUUGUUUGAAGCCAGCGGUUGGAAAACAUUACAAGGUGAGCUGAGAUGUAUUUAACAACAAACUGAAAAUGUUAAUUGAACAGUUCGCAACGCACUUAUAAAUUAUUGAACUUGAACUUUGACUCCACCUGAUAAGAGAAUUCAUAUUUUUUCAAUUUUUGGUACAAAAAAUGACCCGAAAUCAAAGUUCAUUUCAAAAUUUAUGUAUAGGUUCCCGCUUGUCAUGGAUGUAAAUCAUUUUUUCGUCGUGCAAUUCUUCGAAAUAUUAUUUAUCCUCCUUGUAAAUACGAAGCACAAUGUUAUCAGAAUAUUUCAAUUACAAAUCGACCACAAAAAUGUAGAUUUUGUCGAUAUCAAAAAUGUUAUGAUGUUGGGAUGGUUGCAUAUUUUUUAUAUGAUCGUAGAAAAUCUGAAAACGGCAUGAAAUUAAUUGAAUCAGUGAGCCGAUUUGGAGUAAGUAUAAUCAAAACGUCGUGUUUAAUAUAAAUACUUAAUUAAUGAUUUUAGAUCAGAGACGAUAUCACAAUCAUUGAUGAUUUAAUUUCCGAUCUUUCUGAUCUUGAUGUAAAAAUAUCAGAAUAUCGAGUUUCCAAAUUCAAUCCAAUUAAACAUCCAGAUCUUGAGACAUUGAUUAAAUCCCCGAAUCAAUUGCACCAGGCAACGCAUUUUGAAGUAAGAGUGAAGCUUUGAAACAAAAAAAAACAUAUUUUUUAGAAAAUGCCUGGUUGGCCUUUAUCGCAAGAAGAAUUUAUUCAACAACAAAGAAGACUCAUUGAAAUUAAAAUCAGAAUUGAAGGUUCCCAAUUACCGGCUGAAACCAAGUUAGAACAAUUUGAUAUUAAAACGUGGGUACUAAAACUUUGAUAAAUUUUCAAAAUUUGAAUAAUUUCAGUAAAGAAUGGUUACCGUUUGAUAUGAUGAUGGCUGUUGAAUUUGCAAAAACUUUUACAUUUUUUGAUAGGUUAGAAUUUUCGGAUAAGUUAGCACUCAUGAAAAAGUCUACAUUUAUGAGUCUAGCAUUAACAACAGCUUUCAAUUCAUAUAAAGCAAAAAUGGGGAUUAUACAAACACCUGAUGGAGCAUGUAUUUCGGGACCAACAAGAAAUGAACAAGCUGUUAGACAUUUUGAAAGAGUAAUGAGUUUGAGAAUAAUGGAACCGCUUAUACGAGAUAAAUUUACAAUUCCAGAAUAUUUGUUAUUGAAAGCGAUUGUAGUGUGUAAUUCUGGUAUGCAACUCUUCAGAAGUUUAUUUUUUAAAAUCAUUUUUUAGCUUCAACUCUUUCAAAACAUGGUCAACGAAUUGUCGAAAACGAAAAGAAUAAAUUUGGAAAAGCACUUCUCGAAUAUUGUUUUCUCCAAUACGGAAAAAAAGAAGGCGGAGCAAGAUACUCAAAAAUUCUGAACUACAUUGAUGUUUUAGAACAUUAUCAACGAGAUUUCCGUGAUUUUAUGAAAACUCUUCAGAUAUUCACACCGAAUCUGAUACCAGAAUCAAGGAGAAAACUUCAGAAUGAGGUUUUGUGUUUGGAAGAAUAA